AUGAUGCGAGAAUUCAAAGAGGCUAGAGUAUAUUGUACGGACAUGCCGGAUGAGAUGCAGUACUACGCCGUAGACUGUGCCGCUAUUGUUCUCAGCUAUGAAACGUCACUUAAAAUAGCCGCCGACUAUGUGAAGAAGGAGUUCGACAAAGCCUAUAAACCGGGCUGGAACUGCAUUAUUGGCGAUCAUUUUGGCAGGUAA